AUGUACAGCAUCUCAAAAAUCUUGAAUGUACGUUUGUACUCUACUAAUUUGCCAGUCAGAAAUAUUCUAGCUCCCUUGAAUAAUAGAUCCCUUCUACGUGUAUCAGGAAGUGAAGUGAAAGAUUUCCUGCAAGGCCUCAUAACCAAUGACAUGUACCAUCUUGGAAAAACCUCUGGGGGUUCAAUUUAUGCAAUGUUCUUGAAUGCCAAAGGAAGAGUAAUGUAUGAUACCAUUAUCUAUAAACCUGGAGAGAAAAACACCUACUUUGUUGAAUGUGAUAAUGAUGUGAUAAAAUCACUGGAGAAGCAUUUGAAAAUGUUUAGGGUUAGGAAGAAGAUUGAUAUUUCCAGUUUGCAAGAUGAGUACAUGAUUCACACUGUGUAUAAUACUAAAAAUAUUAAAACCCAGGUGAAUACAAGGGCUAGUAAUGGUGAGUUAGAGGGUAUUGUAGUGCCUUGUGAUCAACUGAGAAACACACAACCAGAAACUUCAACUAGUACAACCAUAUACAACAAAUUACUAAUAUUCAGAGACCCCAGAGUAAUGGAACUUGGUUCUCGUAUAAUAUCCAAAGUUGGUACUGAUGUAAAACAAGAACUAAGUGGCUUUUUAGAAGUGACUGAUUGUCCAGAACCUCAUGAUAGCUAUAAAGCUUUGAGAUAUUCUCUAGGAGUAGGUGAAGGCCCCUAUGAUUUACCACCAGACAACUGCUUUCCUCUGGAAUGCAACUGUGACUAUCUUCAUGGGGUUAGUUUCCAUAAGGGCUGCUAUAUUGGCCAAGAACUGACAGCAAGAACACAUCACACAGGAAUCAUUAGAAAACGUUUAAUGCCACUGUUUUUCAGUAAAAUACCUAGUAUUUUGCCAAAAGAUAAUAAUAUACUGCAGGAAAGUACAAAAUUAGGAAAGUUGAGGGGAACAGAAGAUGAUUUGGGACUUGCAUUACUUAGAAUUAGUAGUGCAUUGGAAAUUGGUGAAUUUUCUGUAGGAGAUGGUGUUGCUAAGGUAUACAAGCCCCAUUGGUGGCCUUUGGAAGCCCCUAAAGAAAAAUUGAAUGUGCAGAAGAGCUGA